UGAUACAUUAAAUGGUCUAAACUCUCUGCUUAUUAGAAAACAAAAACAAUAUGGUAGAAUUAACAAAACCCUAAUAUGAUUUAGCAUUGAGUGCCUUAUCAGUGAUGAAAGAGCUCCAAGGCAAAAAGGGGAAAGUGGCCUAAAAGAAAUGGAAGGAGUGAGGACAAAGGAUGGGGCAUGGUUUAGGUGCCCAACUUUAACAAAAGUGGUAUAGUGCUUAAAGCCAAGGCAACAAAAUAAAUGAUUUUGUGUCCAUAUAAACUUUUGGCUGAGGGCAUAAAUGAACAGGUAAGACUUUGGCAGAUGAUCACAGUUACCAACAACAUACUCUGAAGUACAGAGGCAGUGUCACCUGUAAAUGAAAUAUCUCCCACCUGGUAUUGAGCAAAGACACUACUGUUUUUGGUUUUCUAAACAUUGACUCUGGCAUCUGUGUUUUUGCCAAGUUUAGAUUCUCCACCAGAAAAUAAAAAGAAGGGACAUUUCAAGUUUUCUUUUUUUUCUUAGGAUUUUAUCAAAAAGGGCAGAGUUGAAUUUUGAAGAGGCGGAAAGUGGCUCUUGAGUAGAGUUGAAUAUAUAGUUGGGGGAGAGUGGCUCUUGAGUACAGUUGAAUACUGAAGAUUGAGAUCAAGAAUUCGCUGCAUUGAAAGACCAAGUAGAAAGACAAUGAUUGCUGCUAGCAAGGAAGAUGGAAAAUGGAGGAAGAUGGAAGGAGAUGGUGGUUUGAGGACAUUGGAGUGCCUAAGAGGAAGACUGCUUGCAGAGAGACAAGCUUCAAGGGUUGCAAAAGAGGAUGCAGAACUCAUGGGAAAGAAGAACAGUUGAUGGAGCUAAAGAACCAGCUCAAUGAAGAAAUCAAAUUGAAGGACAGAGCUGAAAAGAAGCUCAAAUUUUUGAAGAGAAAGCUUGAAUCUUUGAAAAUUUCCUCCACAUCAGUAGAAUCCCAACAGUCAAGUUCCUCCAAAAACAGUGAAAUAUCUUGCAGUCAAUCCACUACUACUUCAUCAGCAGGCUCCAAUGACCCAGAAGCCCAUGAACCCAAAUCCAAAGUUACAGAGUCAGAAACCUCAGAAAAUUUUGAUCGAAGUGUAGCAGACACCACCACAUCUGAGCAAAGCCAUGAAAGUCUCUUCACUGAAGAAAACACAACUGCUCAAAGUACCAGUGCUUCCAGUUCCAGUUCAAGUUCUAGCAUAAGAUGUCCUUCCCCAGAAGGGUUUUGCCACAACCCAACUCACAAAUCUGAAGAUUCAAAGAUUGAUGAAAAUAGUUAUUCAAACAUAAAUUCUUCAAUGGCAGAGAUUGAGAAUUAUGAGAAUGGUCACUUGGAUUAUGUUGAUAAUACACUUGCAUUAGUACCUGUCGGUAUGCCUGCUACCUGUUACACCAGCACUGAAUCGAAGCCACUUAGUGAAAGUGUUAGACAGGUUCUUGAUGCUCUCAGGAAUAUCAGAGAAAAUCUUCAAAGCUCAAUGGAGAAAAGAAGUAUAAUUAGAGCUGGCCUAAUUGAUCAAACUCAAACAUGCAAAGAGUAAUAAUUAAUAAAUAUGUAUACAUCCCUUUUAUAUGAAAUAAUUAGUACUAUAUACAAGUAUAUUAAAUGAAUUAAUAUUUGUGUAUGUGGGUAAUAAAGUUAAUUCAACUGGGCAAAUUCACUCACAGAGAGCAUGUGAAUUUGUGGGGUUUGAUGUCCCCAUUGGUGCUUGGAUCUGGGUCCCAACUUUUGGCCAUAUUCUUCUUUUGGUUUUCUCUAAUUAACUUUUGUAGCUUGAGUGAAAAUUGAAUUUUGGGAGGUGGUUGGAUAUGGCAGCUUGAUUCAUGUGACCUGCAUAUCUUAAGAUUUUAUUGUUGAGAUUUGGCCUUAGCUCUCUACAUUUGUUGGCUUGGUCUCUGGUCUGCUAGCAAAUCAAUUUGAAUUUUGACACAUGUAUAAGAGAGCCUGUAUGAUGAUUUGAAUA